CGGCCCCAGCCCCCGCCGCCCGCCCGGGGCCGCCGCGCCGCCCCGCAUUGUCCGGCGGCAGCGCAGGAUGCGGCGCCCGGCACGGCCUCCCGGGCUGCGCUAACGGCCCGCCGGCAUGAGGAGGUCUGUCGAAGAUGCACUGGUCACCAGAGCAUGCCCAGUCCCUGAACCAGUGGCCGGAGCAGCACCUGGACGUCUCCUCCACGACCUCCUCGCCGGCCCACAAGUCCGAGCUGUACCCCAGCACCCGCCAGCGCUUUAACUACGCUUGGGCCAACGACGACAUCUCGGCACUGACGGCCUCCAACCUCCUCAAGAGGUACGCCGAGAAGUACUCGGGGGUGCUGGACGCGCCCUACGAGCGCCCAGCGCUUGGCGCCUACGGGGAUGGCGCCUUCGGCCCCGUCAACGGGCAGAAGGGGGACGGGGAGCCCUGGCCGGGGGCGCACAGCUCUGACGGCACCUACCCCCUGACCCCCAUCCACGAUGGCCUGGCUGGUGCCAAGGGCGUGGUGCCACCCACCGUGCCCGCCGGCAGCGGGGCCAUCGGGCUGGGGGGCUCCCCGGUGGUGUCGGCCAACCUCAGCGACCCCGUGUACCCUGGGAACUCCUGUGGGGCAGCUGCUGCCAGCGCCGGGGCACUCGGGGCAUCUCAAGAGUACCCCUCAGGUUAUGGUGGUACCUACUUGCCCUCCGGCUACUGCGCCCAGCCAGCAGCAGCGCUGCCCCCCCCGCACCCUGCUGGCCUCCACAGCUCAGGGCUCCUGCAGCCUCCACACCCCUCGCCCGCCCUGGUGCCAGGCUACGGCUCCUCGGGCCCCAUGUACAACUAUGCCAGCAGCAGCUACCCGCCCCAGCCAGGCUAUGGGGGCAUCCACCCGCCCCACCCCUCUGCCUCCUACCUGCCCUCCGGCAUCGCUGCGCCCACCCCCAUCCCGGCCCCGCCGCCCUCCGCCCGCCCGCCAGGGGUCCCUGGCUAUGGCUACCAGGGCUCUGGGCUGGGCGCCCUGGCCGUGCCACCCCUGGGCACCGAGGCGGCGGGCACGCUGAAGAGGAAGGCGUUCGACAUCGGUGGGGAGGAUGAUGGUGAGGGCAGGUACAGGAAAUACAGCUACGAGCAGCCAAAGUCCCCCUACCCGCUGGCGGACAACGGCGAGUGCCGGGGCAACGGGUUCAGCAGCAGUGGCGAGUCCCCCCAGGUGGCCUUCAAGGCCGGGAAGCGGCCGGCGGGAGCCGGGAGUGCUGAAGAGCACAGCGGAAAGUACGGCGGGCAGCAGAUGAAGGGGAUGGUCUCGCCAUCCUACGGUGCCAGGGACCCUCCUCUGCGGCCAGCAGAGCCCUUCGAGAAGUUCAGCCCCCCCCUGACCAACGGGGAGCGGGCGGCCGAGCCGGGGCCCCCCUUCCCGCUGCGGCUGCCCUCCAAAGCGCCGGCGUUCGGUGGCGCCCCGCUGGAGGAGCAGCCCAAGAACAUCGACCCGCUGCUCCUGGAGCUGGUCAACACCAAGGUGGUGGAGCGGGGCCCGCCGGUGCAGUGGUCGGACGUCGCUGGGCAGGUGUCGGUGAAGGCGGCCAUCGAGGAGGAGCUGCUGUGGCCCAUCCUGCGGCCCGGCUCCUACAGCGGCGCCAGCCACCCGCUGCGGACCCUGCUGCUCUUCGGGCCCCGCGGCACCGGGAAGACGCUGCUGAGCCGCUGCAUCUCCACCCAGCUGGGCUCCACCCUGCUGAGGCUCAGCGGCACCACACUGCUGUCCACCUGGAAGGCCGAAGCGGAGAAGAUCCUCCAGACCGUGUUCUUCGUGGCCAACUGCCGGCAGCCCUCCGUGGUGCUCAUCACAGAGGCCGAGUCCCUGCUGGCGGCGCGGGCGGGCGAGGACGGCGGCCAGGCGAGCAACCUCAAAUCCCAGCUCCUCUCCUACCUGGACAACGUGGCUACCUCAUCGGAGCACGGCGUGGUGGUCAUCGGCACCACGGCGCGGCCCGGCAGCAUGGACGAGGCGUCGCACCGGCGCUUCGGCACGCGGCUGUACAUCGCGCCGCCGGACGGCGAGGCGCGGCGCCACAUCCUGCGCCAGGCCCUGGCCCGCCAGAGCUGCUGCCUGAGCGAGCGUGAGCUGGCGGCCCUGGCACAGCGCACCGAGAGCUUCUCUGGCGCCGAGCUGCUGCGGCUCUGCCAGCAUGCCGGGGCCGCCGCGCGCCGUGCGCUGCCGGGACCCCCUGCCUCCUACCAGGACCUGGAGAAGGCGUUCUGCAAGGUGCGCCCUGCCGUGUCCCAGAAGGAGCUGGACUUGUUCCUGGAGUGGGAUAAGAUGUACGGCACCAGGCACUGACGGGGGUCGGACCCCGAGGCCAUGGGGACGGACCCCAAGGCCACAGAGACCCCAAGGCCAGAGGGAUGAACCCCAAAACCACAGGGACAGACCCCAAGGCCAGAGGGAUGGACCCCAAGACCACAGGGACAGACCCCAAAACCACAGGGACAGAGCCCAAGACCACAGGGGCAGACCCCAAGGCUGUGGGGACAGACCCCAAGACCACAGGGACGGACCCCAAGGCUGUGGGGACAGACCUGAGGCUACAGGGACAGAUUUGGGACAUGGACUGGGGUCCUUGGGGGGCUCUGGAUCUCUCAGUGGGGUGGAUCCCUCCUCGCAGCGCCGCACACCUCACCUCUCCUCUUUGGGACUCAUCCCGGGAUUUCCCCGCUGUGGCUCUCGGGGAGCCUCGCCCACCACUCAGGAUAAGCUAUUUAUUAUUUUCCCAGCCCUCCGUGCCUGGAGCGGCGGUGCCAGCGGGGCUGGAGGUGCCCUGGGAGUUCCUGGCAUCGGGAUCCGCUCCAGCGCCGGAUUCAGGAGCUCCCCCAUCCACCCCAAAAGCUUUAUUGUCAUUUUUUUUUAAAUUGAUUUUAUUAUUCCCAACAGAAAUACCUCGGGUGUCCUUGGAGCCCCUUCUCAUCUUGAUCAGGGAAAGGGGGAGCUGGGGGAGACGCCCAAAACCAGGGAAUUUCACCCCAAAACAAGGAGGUUGCACCCCACACCAGGGGGUUGCACCCCAAACCAAUGGGUUACACCCCAAAACCAGGGAGUUUUGGAGUAAAAUGCUGUAGAUUGUUGAAUAUCCUAGACUUGGGUUUUUAUUUUUGUAAGGUCCGUAGUACUUUUUGUUUGUUUGUUUUUUUCUUUUUUAACUACUCAGGAAAAGAAUUACCUCAGAAAAACUAAAGAAUGUUUUUUUAAAAACACUUUUUAUCUUCUCAGAAAAGGAAAAAAGGAGAUUUUUUUAAGAGUUUUCCGACCUGGGACAAAGCUGCCUCCUGCAUUUGCUUCCAAAGGGGGUGAAGAAAGGAAGAAAUAAAAGGAAAAAUAAACUUGAAGCUGUUACAAAGAUGAAAUUUGAAUGUAUUUCAGGUGCUUUCCAAUAUAUUAUGCCAUAAUUUUAUUUGAAGUUUUGUUUUUUGACAUCGUUUAUCGUAGCGUUUGGUGGAGUAACGUGUCUUCAAUGGGAAGUUUAGUGCUGUAGGUUGGGAGCUGUCGCUGGCACCACUUUUUGGAGCAAAUUGGGCAAAUCCCCCCCUUCCCCUCGCCCCCAAAAAAAGCCCAGCAGGGCUGAGCGAGGGGCUUUGCACAGAGCAUGAACCCCCAGCCCACCCCCUGGCCCCUCUUUGCGUCAUGGUGGGGGUUUCCCCCAUUUGAAUAAAAGUUAAUUUUUAUUAUUUUUAGUGCUCUAAAGGCGUCCCCCUUAGAGCAGCCCCCCCAAACCUCAGGGUCUGCACAUGCAGAGAGAACAGAUCCCUCACAGGGGCUCCCCCAGAGGUGUCUGCCGAUUUUUUUCCCAAUUUUUCUUAAUUUUUCCAGUUUCUUAUUGCAUCCAGGGCAUUAUCAUUUGCCU